AUGGAAACCGUUCGAAAACUUAUUGAAGCUCCUGUUGAGACGAACACGAUUGUUUUCGAUCUAAGUGGAUUUCGUUUGAAAAAUAUGGACUAUCAACAUAUCAAAUUUUUCAUCAAUCUCAUUGAAAAUUAUUAUCCGGAAUUACUUGGUCAGGUCAUCAUAUUGAACGCUCCAUGGAUAUUUUACGGUUGCUGGACAAUCAUUAGCAAAUGGUUGGAUCCGACCUUACGAGAUGAAAUUCGAUUUGUUAAGAAUGAAGUAGAAUUAGCUCAGCACAUAGAUCCAUCUGCUCUUCCAAGAAGAUUGAAUGGUGCUCAACCUGAUUUUGAAUACAUUGGACCGACAGCUGAUGAUGACGCCAUGAUUGCCACCAUUCGUGCCGAUGCUCAAGGUAAAGCAAAAGCCUAA